CUUUUACCAUUAAAAACCAAUUUCCCGAUCAGACGCUUACGUUUCCGGCUAGGUUUUGCCCGAUUCCUUUCCGUUCACCGGUCACCGGUCAUCGGUCACCGGAAUCUUGAUCUACGGCGGCGGAUCCUCCUCUGCAACCAACUGCUCUAGCUCGCUGCUUCCUCGGAUAUCAUCGCAUCGCAACUUCCAUUGCUGAAAUACGAAUAUAUAACUGACUUCACUAUAAAUCCGCUAAAGCAAGUCGAAUCCCAAUCCUCGAAUCUAUUGCCAUUUGCCCUAGAAGCUUUCGUAGCUUGAUACAUAACUCCUCAUACGGAAUUGCAUGAGGGGAAAAUUGUAGCCCUGGUUUGUGAAGUUUUGCUAAAGUUGGUAUUUUGAUAAUGGCUGAGGAUGAUGAUUCUCCUACCUCCUGUAAACUAUGUGGGUUCCUGUGUGCGGUUCUCGCGGUUGCUCCUACGCAUAGAAUCUCCAACAUUCGUGAAGCCCUGCCUCUCAAUACCCGUUGUUUCAUCUCUGGGGACGGAAAUGCUGAAAUUGGUUUCAGAUCAGAGAACGAUCUAUUUCUUUCUUUAGUCAACCCUGCUAGAGAGAGUGCCGACGAAAGGGAGAAGGGUAGUGCAUCAGCGUCGUGGAAGAAGAAGUGUAUGAAGAGAAUCGGGCUGGUAAAUGGGAGUAUGAGCGUGAUACACCAGCUUCACACGCUCGUGAUCCAAAGAUGUUUGGAUAUUGUUGCUAGAGUAGUCAGAGUGGCCGAGGCCGUGGAUAAUGCUGAAACAGAUAGGGUGGUUCUGCUAAUCGAUGUGUAUUUGCCAAAUACUCUCUGGUCCGGAUGGCAGUUUCCGAAAUUCGGGUCAGUUGCUGCUGCGUUGUUUCGUCACUUGAGCUGUGACUGGGGGGAGAGGUCUGAACUGCUCUCUUCUACUAGCGGUAACAGUCCUACAGCUGACCAUAAUCAUCAUAAAGGCAUCUGGAACAUUUCUGACUGCCAUGUGUUUAGAUGCAAGAUGAACUGUAGUGCUCCUGAUCCAUCAAAGAGAAAGCUAUUUGAACUCAACGAGAUUUUCAAAAGCAUACCAAGUAUAGGGAGAGGAAAUUCUGAAUGUUCGAGGAUAAAUCCUUCAGUUCCUUGUACAUCUGGUAUUUGGAACUUGACAGAUGAUAUUUUAAUAAAUAUUCUUAGCACUCUUGAUCCUAUUGACCUUGUAAGAGUUGCAUCGACCUGUCAUCAUUUAAAAUCCUUGGCUGCUCCAAUCAUGCCAUGCAUGAAACUUAAACUUUUCCCUCACCAGCAGGCAGCAGUAGAAUGGAUGUUACAACGUGAACAGGUUACCAAGAUUCUUCCACAUCCUUUAUAUAUGCAUUUCUUAACCGAAGACAAGUUUCCAUUCUAUGUGAAUGCUGUUUCUGGUGUAAUAGUCACGGAUUCUGUUCCUACUAUAAAAGAUUUUCACGGUGGAAUGUUUUGUGAUGAACCGGGCCUAGGUAAGACAAUAUCGGCUCUUUCACUCAUUCUAAAAACACAAGAAACAAUGGCAGAACCUCCUGAUGGUGUGCAGGUAAUUUGGUGUAUGAAUAAUCAUGAUCAGAGGUGUGGGUAUUAUGAGCUUAAGGGAAAUAGUACAGCUGUAGGUAAAAGGGCUGUUGGUACUGGUUCCCGUAGGGGACAAAUUACUUUGGGUGAUGUCACUCCAAAGGCUACAUUAAAAUUCAGCUUGCGAAGACGUUCAGAUCCAGGUCCUGAUAGAAGAAUGGAUAAUGUUAAGAAAAAUAUUUUCCUUACAUCCUCGUCAGCUUCUGAAUUAUCUAAGGGACCGGAGGUCAAAAGAAAUACCAGUAAAAGAAAGAAUAGUUCAGGACAUAGCUUCAUUGAGGAGCCCGCGAGCAUGUUGACUGGAUCACGAGAAACUGGGAAGAAACCAAGGGAGAGUAUUGACAAUCUUGCACCUCAUGAAAGUUGGAUACAGUGUGAAGCUUGUCGUAAGUGGAGGAAACUUGAAGAUAUUAGUCUUGUGAAAACUAACAGUGCAUGGUUUUGUAGCAUGAAUAAUGAUCCUUCUUAUCAGAGAUGUAGUGUUCCAGAGGAAGCUUGGGAUCAUCAUCAGCCAAUUAUGUACUUACCUGGCUUUCACACAAAAGGAACCUCUGGUGGACAAGAGGAAAAUAUCUCGUUUUUCAUCAGUGUACUUAAGAAGAAUUAUGCACUGAUGAAUGCCGAAACAAAGAAGGCCUUAACUUGGUUAGUUAAACUUUCACCUGAUAAACUUGCAGAGAUGGAGACAAUUGGCUUAGUACAUCCUCUAUUAAAUAUCCGUUUGUCUCGUACAGGUGAUGAACGUGAAUUCCAUAAAAUAUUCGAAGCGUUUGGCCUUGUCAAAAAACUACAGAAGGGAACUACUAGAUGGUAUUACCCAGCGAACUUGGAGCAUUUGGUACUCGACCUUGAUGCUUUAAGAAUUGCACUAUGCGAGCCUUUGGACUCAAUAAGGUUAUAUUUAUCGAGAGCGACUUUAGUUGUUGUGCCAUCGAACCUGGUAGAUCAUUGGAAAACACAAAUCCAAAAGCAUGUCAAGCCCAAUCAGUUGCGUGUUUAUGUUUGGGCUGAUAAUAAGAAACCUAGUGCACACAAUCUGGCUUGGGAUUAUGAUGUCAUUAUAACAACGUUUAGCCGCUUAAGUGCUGAGUGGAAUCCCCAUAAGAGAAGCGUGUUUAUGCAAAUUCAUUGGUUUCGAGUUUUGUUAGAUGAAGGACAUACCCUUGGUUUCAGUCUUAGUUUGACAAACAAGUUACAAAUGGCUAUUUCAUUGACAGCUUCAAAUCGGUGGUUAUUGACAGGAACACCAACUCCAAACACCCCGAACAGUCAAUUUUCUAAUCUUCAGCCUAUGCUUAAAUUUCUCCACGAGGAAGCGUAUGGACAGGAUCAGAAGUCAUGGGAAGCUGGCAUUCUCAGACCGUUUGAAGCAGAGAUGGAAGAGGGGAGAUCUCGUUUACUGCAGUUACUUCAGCGGUGUAUGAUAAGUUCUAGAAAAGAUGAUCUGCAGACUAUUCCUCCCUGCAUUAAAAAAGUGUUCUUCCUUGAUUUCACUGAAGAACAUGCAAAAAGUUACAAUGAGUUGGUAGUUACAGUUCGGCGGAAUAUAUUAAUGGCUGAUUGGAAUGAUCCAUCUCAUGUUGAGAGUUUACUGAAUCCAAAGCAGUGGAAAUUUAGAAGCAAUACCAUUAGAAAUGUGAGGCUGUCUUGCUGUGUGGCUGGACAUAUAAAAGUAACUCAUGCUGGAAUAGAUAUCCAGGAAACUAUGGAUAUGUUAGUUGAAAAUGGCCUAGUUCCAAUGUCAGAAGAAUAUGCGUUUAUCAAAUAUAACCUUCAGCACGGUGGCAAUUGUAUGAGGUGCAAGGAAUGGUGCCGAUUGCCUGUCAUUACACCAUGCAGGCAUCUUUUGUGCCUUAAUUGUGUGUCUUUGGACAGUGAGAAGUGUUCGUUUCCCAACUGCAACAACCCAUAUGAAAUGCAGAGCCCUGAAAUAUUAACCCGUCCUGAAAAUCCUAAUCCUAAGUGGCCUGUUCCUCAAGAUCUUAUUGAAUUACAGCCCUCAUACAAGCAGGAUGAGUGGAAUCCCGACUGGCAGUCAACAUCAAGCAGCAAAGUUGCAUAUCUUGUUCGCAGGUUGAAGGAAAUUCAAGAAGCUGAUGGAAUUAUUGGUCAUUGUGCAGAUACGGAUUGUAGUACAAUUGUAACUUCAGAGAAAGUGAUCAUAUUUUCUCAGUUUCUUGAGCAUAUACAUGUUAUUGAACAGCAGCUCACAUUUGCUGGCAUCAAAUUUGUUGGGAUGUAUAGCCCUAUGCCUUCCACUUAUAAGAUGAAAGCUCUGGUUACCUUCCAGAACGACACUUCUUGUAUGGCCCUUCUAAUGGAUGGUAGUGCAGCAUUAGGCCUCGAUCUGAGCUUUGUAACUCGUGUAUUUCUAAUGGAACCAAUUUGGGAUCGGAGCACAGAGGAACAAGUAAUAAGUCGUGCUCACCGGAUGGGUGCUAGGCGUCCAAUUAAUGUGGAGACUCUAGCAAUGCGUGGAACCAUUGAAGAGCAGAUGCUUAACUUCUUACAGGAUGCGGAUAAGUGUAGAAUGGUCUUGAAGGAAGAUUUUGGGAAUCCAUGUAUGGAUGGAGCAAGAUCACACCGUACAUUACAUGAUAUUGCUGAGAGCAAUUAUUUGGCUAAGUUGAACUUUGUCUGCAUCAGGCCUCAGUUAUGAAGAUGCAAAAGAAGAGGUAGUAUUAGGCCUUAAAAAAGUUUCUCAGCAACUUUAUUCCUUAAAAGUUUUCGAGUCUUCGCAUGCAUUCGACUGACAUCUUCGAUACAUCUGCUUUUGUCAACUGUAUCUCAUGGUGUAGACAAUGGUCAAAACUAAGGGGUUCCAUUUAUUUUUUUUUUGUAUAUUUAUUCAUCACAUGCUGUAAAGGAAGAACAGGCAAGCAUUUCAAUAUUUAGCAUUAUUUUUGUUUUUCUUUAAUAUAUUUAAUCAUUUCAUA